CAGUUGCGUGGGCGUUGUAGCGAAAGCGCUAGUAGGAGGUAAACGGACAGAUAGGGAAGGAUAAGUUUUUUGUUUGUUUGUUUUUUUUUUUAACUGUUUUUUUCCUCCCUUAAUGUAUUUACCCAAAACAGAGGACGACAUGACUUUCAAGCCGAGUCGGGAUAAGUUCUACAGUACACGGUGUUGUGGUUGUUGUCAUGUCAGGACUGGAACCAUUAUCCUGGGGACAUGGUACAUGGUGGUAAACCUGUUGAUGGGCAUUAUGCUAACCGUAGCAGUGACUCAUCCAGAUAAUGUACCUGCUGCUGACCUGCAGUAUGAAGUCAUUGAUCAUUACUUUGCCUCUGAUAGGAUGGCAGAAAAUGCCUGUGUUGGAUUUGCAGUUUCUUUGCUGAUUACCAUCAGUGCCAUGAUGGUGUAUGGAGCUAUUACUCAUCGUGACAGAUGGUUGAUUCCUUUCUUCUGCUACCAGUUGUUUGAUUUUGCCCUCAGUUGUCUUGUGGCUGUUAGCUCCCUAACUUACCUUCCUAGGAUCAAGGACUACCUAGACCAGCUGCCUGACUUCCCUUAUAAGGAUAACCUGCUUUCUUUGGACUCCAGCUGCCUGCUGCUUUUCGUCUUGAUGUUCUUUGCUUUUUUCAUCAUCCUAAAGGCCUACCUGAUUAACUGUGUUUGGAACUGCUACAAGUACAUCAACAACAGGAACUUGCCAGAGAUUGCUGUUUACCCUGCAGUUGAAGCUCCCCCUCAGUAUGUUCUGCCCACCUACGAGAUGGCUGUUAAGAUGCCAUUUCCACAGAAGGAGCCCCCUCCCCCCUACAUGCCUGCUUGAAGAGUCUGCCUCAUUGUAGACUACACUCCCUCUGAACCAGCUUCCUGUUUUUAACCUUGCAAUACCUUUUUUAGAGACUAGGGAUACAGAGUGAUAUCCUCUAAUCUUUAAAGUCCAGCAUUAGAGAAGUUUUUUUUAUGAAAGCAAUGAAUAGAGAACAAUUGGUAAAAUACGGAAAUAUGUGAAUUUCAGCAUUACAAGAGCCAAUCAAAUUGUGCGAGUCUGCUAAAGGCUUCUAUAUUAACAGCGUUUUAAAGUCGAAGCACAGUGUCUGACUAUAUGUUUCGAACCUGUUUGGGGCUCAUCGGUGCAGUUCAACUAUACUUUGACUUCCGAAAAGCUCAGAGUACGUAAAAACAAGUAGCUUUUGAGUUAAGGGGAAUGAAGGAAUUGAAUAGAGAACAAUGGCGUAAUCAGGAAAAUAUGCAAAUUUCAGCAUUAUAGGAGAUUUGAUUGGCUCUUGUAAUGCUGAAAAUUGCAUUGCUUUCAUUCUCCUUAACUCGAAAGCUUCUUGGUUUUUUUUCUUAAGGCUACUGCACACUAGACAGACCCAAGAAGACACUGACAUGAUUUCAUCGUGUCGGUUUUGUGUGAUACAACUUGAAAACCUGCCGAUGAGCAAAAUACAUCUGUAUCGGCUCUGUCUAGUGUGCGUGGCCUUAUGAGCUUUUCGGAAGUCGCUGAUGAGUCCCAAACGGGGCAGAAAAUGUCUGCAGAUACUGUGCUUUGAUUCUUAAAACACUGAAUGUAGAAGCUUUUAGGCGACUUUCACACUAUUUGAUUGGCUUUUGUAAUGCUUAAAUAUGCAUGUGCAUAUAUAUAUAGUGUGUGAAUAGAAGACAGAAUGGAAGCACAGAUAUUUCUAAGAUCCUUGUUCCUCUUUCUAUGUAUUUUUGAUGUCUCUGUAAAUUAUAAUAUAAUAACAUUGCCUGAAUGCGGAUCAUGAAGUGUCUUUUUUUUUUUUUUUUUUUUUUUUUUUUUUUUUUUAGAAAACAUGCUCUCCUAGUGAAGUUUUAUCUUGAUAGGCAUUGAAAAUAUUCUUACAACAGUCUGUUUUAACAUUUUACUGAAUUUGGUUUUUUGUCUGAAUUUUGUGGUUUUUAAAUUACAUAUUAAUGUUUUUAGAUUGAUACUGUGAGUGAUCUUACUUUUGCACUUUCAUCAUAAGUAUUCAGCCUUUUUUGUAUAUGUAUGUGAGUGACAUGUCUGUUCUUUUGUUUCAAGUUUUGAAGCCUUUUUUGGGGAAUGGAAUUUGAAAUAAAUGAUGCAAAAAGUGAAAACUCAAAUUAAAUGGGUCAUUUACAAAACAAGUGCAUGGAGAAAUGAACCAGGAUUGGAAAACGCUGGAUGCAUGCUUUCUUCUUUUGUUCUUUGUUUCCUGUGAAACCAACUUGCUUCAAUAAAUGUUGAAAAUUG